AUGCCGGAGAAUCUCGGGAGCCUCGCGAAGACGAACUGCCUGCGGAGUAACCUCUUUAAGGACGACACCAGCAAUGCCCACACGCGGGUGCUGGCCUAUCGGAAGCUGCACAAUGAGGUGCUGGGGAUCCUCGGCAAGGUGACCGAGCUGAAUUUGGAUGUCAUGCAGAAGGAGCUGACGGAUCUGCCGAUUCGCCAAUCCACCGAGGCUGAGAUCCGGGAGGUGAUCAACAUUUUCUUUGGCAAGUGCACGCGCCCCGAGGAUACCAGGUUCACACCACUCUAUGUUGAUCUCAUCUCGCACCUCAUCUCGACCAUCGGCGACCAGGAGCCAGCAGGCCGCAUGAUCCGUAAAGAGGUCAUGAACCAAUGUCGGGAUACCUUCAUCAACGCUGCAAAAAAGUCGAAGCAGCUCGAGGAGCGCAUAGCGAAGCUCUCCGAGGAGGAGGCUGAUCUUGAGCGCAUGCAGUUCGCCGCCAAACUUAAGGCCAACAUUUAUUUCCUAGGGCUCAUGUUCCGAAGCCGGCUCACGAACGAAACAGUAGUGCGCGCAGUCCUCGACAAUCUCCUCUACGGUGACGGCCGUCGGCGCCGCAUCGUACCGGACUACUGCCUAAUCCUUUUCAUGGAGCUCCUUCAGACCUGCGGCCCGCACAUGGACAUCAACUUCUACAAGGACCCCCUCCCUCGUUAUGUCGCCGUUCUGGAAGACUUUAGCCGAACCUACCCAAAGAAGCGCAUUCAGUUCCUGCUUUUGAACUUUUUAGAGACCAUCAACAAUAACUGGAUUCCUUUGCACGGUCCUGAAGCGCACCGGGAUAUGGGCAACGUGGCGAGUCCGUCUUCCCCGAUGAACAACAGCCUGCCGAACGGGUCGCCGUCUGGGAACGUGAUGGCUCAAUACAUAAAGCCUGUCAUGCCCAUUCCGCUUCCGAGCAUCAUUAUAGAACAAAAGAACCGUAUUCCGGAUCGUGGGGAGUUUUGGAAGGUGAUGGAUGACUUCUUUUCCACUAGCGACGUCGAGGAAAUCAUCUCGGUGCUCAACCUCAUCCCGAAUGAUGUGCUGCUUAUCUAUUGCAGCAAGUGGCUAGGUCGCUAUAUCACCACCUACAAGUACACACAGGAGCGGAGUAGGCUUGGGGAGUUAUUUGAGCAGUUGGUAAAUCGAAAUGCCAUCCCGGCGAAGCUACCUCGUGAGGCGCUUCUAGAUCAUGUGAAGCAGGCAAUCAACGAGAACCUUUUUGUAGACCAGCCGAAGUACUUCUCCCACUGGGCAGCGGUGAUCAAGAAUGGCCGGUCCGUCUUCCCGCUUUCCCUGCACACCACCCUGUUGGAUAUGCUGGUUGAUAACCAUAUGGGGCAAGAGGUGAUUGUGAAGAUGGUUCGUGAUGUGCAUAAGGCGAUUGAGGAUAAUAAUAAUAAAACGACAGAGCAAAAAGAAUAUCAACUACAGGAUCGUUUUCGUGUUCUACAGGCGCUAUUGCGCUACUCCCCGCCGUUGUUGUCGAGGGAUGAGACCGAUGCGGAGGAGGAGGAUAUCUUGAAUAGUGUGAACGAUCUGGAUAUGGAGAUGGGGUUCUUCCGGUUGUUGGGGGAGAGCUACGAGGCAAGCAAAUCCUCCACGGCGCUUUUUGGCGCUGUCGAUACCUUACGAGGUUCUCUUCUUCCGGCUUACCCGUUCAUUUCGGCUCUUUUCACUUUUGUUCGCUUCGAUAUCGAUCAUCUCUGCACCUACUUCAAAGAUGUGAUCCGGAGGAUUUUUGGAGUACGAACGAUAGUUAGCUUAUUUGAGGAAGUCUACGUCCAGUGGGCGCAUCUGGACUGCUCUGAGGUGUAUUACUUUAGCUUUGUGAAAAAAAUUCUCACGCUCCUUAAUACCAAUAAAACCGAGUUAGACAAACUGCGUGAUCGUCUUCGAAAUGAAUAUCACGCGGAGACAUUUGUAGCUCAUAUGGAUAAGUAUCUUAAGUAA